UUGCAUAUAAGUGGAACAGUGAGACCGAGAUCAAAAUUGAGAUCAUGAAAAUUUUAUGUUACCGGAGUCUGAUUAAUCCCUUUCAGUUGAACAACAACUUUCAUGCUGACAAUAAACCAUCUUUAAUUCUUGUAAUUGUUAAUCGGCGAAGAUUCUCCUUGUCUUUUAAGGACAGCACCUGCAGCGAGUCAAGUGUGAUGGGGAUUCCCAGCAGACGAGAUACAGUGACGUCACGGGGACGCAAUAAAAACAGCCGCGGACGUGGAAAGAACACUGUUGACCCUUCAGACUUGACCGGGAAAAAGAAGGUCAGAAGAACUCCAAAAGCAACCGAGAUCGCAACAUCCAGUACACCAACUCUUAAUUCCCCAAUAAAUCUACCACAGGAACAAAUAAACCCUGAAGAAAAGUUUCAGAAAAUUUUAUCUGAUAACCUGAAGGAGUACAGUCGACAGCGCAUGCGUGCUCUUCACAUGAGUCUCCGUCAUUUUAGCAAUGUGGAGACCCGGAUUACGCAGAAGGAGUUGUAUCAAGCUUUCCAGGAUAAUCAGAUAAAAUUGCCUAGCCGGAUAACUCAGUUUUUGAUUGACCGGUUUGAAGACAACAGAGGCAUAGACUGCGAACGACUGUACAGAUUUCUAACAGAAGCACACCUUAAGUCAGGUAGAGAUAGUGUGGUAGCUUUGCAGAGAAGAAAUGAUCAGGAAACCAAAGCGGAAAUGACGUCAGAGGAGAGGGACGCCGAUCUUAUUCAGCGCCUGGAACAGCUACUGAUUGACAACCUAGAGUAUUUUGACAUCGAGGCUCUCCGACAGAACUUCCGGUCAAUAGACAAGGAUAAAAGUGGCAAAAUAAGAAGAAAAGAGGUUGAGGACGUAUGUACCCGGCACCAGACCCCGCUCUAUGGCGCCCUGUUUAAGGCUCUGCUUUCUCGCUGUGAUGAGGAAAGCAACAACAUGGUUAGUUGGCCUGAGUUCCUCCAUUUCCUCGAUCUGUCCCAACAGAACGCUCAGACAAACUGUCCCCGUCUCUGUGACCUUCCUCUCAAGGUCAAAUCACGAGCACCUGUCAGUCCUUCCCCUAUUGAUGAACUCUCGGAGGAGACCAAGUCCAGGCUCGUCAGUAAACUUCGUAAAAAGGUAUCAAUGGUGAAAGACCGAGCUUCAUCAAUUAAACAAGAUGAAGACUCAAUAAAGAUAACAGAGCUGAAUGGCGAUAUUUCUCACAGUGAAGAUAAAGAGGUAAAACCAGUGACGGAGGAAGAAGUUAAUCCGGAUCGCAAAAGAAUAGUUGCAAAUAUGCGUCGUGUCUCAAACUUAGUGAAGACAUCUUCGGGAUUUCUAAAUACUGUAAAACUUUUUAUAUCAGGAAAAAGAAAAUCAGAGCCAGAUUUGAAGAAGGCUUGUUCGGAAAAUGGAUUCAUUGAUAACGAGACUAUACUUCCAAAUACGUCAUCACCUACCUCUGACGUCAUGUCUGAUUCGUCCAAUUCGUAUACAGAAGAGAAUACUGCACAAUGUUCUGCUCCACCAAGUCCACCCAAACCUUGUAGAUCCGCGCCUGUUCUAUCAUGUUGUGAAGUCACCAAUACAUCAUCUUUACAGCAAAUCCAUAAAAAUGAGAGACAUACAUUUUCAAUCACGGUGAAGGGCCGAAGUAUAGAAUUCCAACCACCCUGUAAUGUCAACACUACCCCAAUGAUCCUUGAUCCGCCAACCAACAGACUGAAGUUAAACUGGGUAUAUGGUUACCGUGGUAACGAUUGCCGUAGUAACAUUUUCGUCCUGGCCUCCGAUGAGAUAGUGUACUUUAUUGCCAACAUCGCAGUGCUGUACAGCAGGCUGACACACAAACAAAGGCAUUACCGUGAACACAAUGAGGACAUUAAAUGUUUGAAUGUACAUUACAAUGGAAAUAUAGUGGCCACUGGACAGUUUACCAGCAAAGUCAACCCUAAAAACCAGGCUCACAUCCGGGUAUGGCGGGCCGAUACAUUACAAACAAUACACUUGCUCGGUGCUGGGAUGUAUCAAAAGUCUGUGUUGGCAAUGGCCUUCUCAGGGCCGUCUGACCUUCUGGCGGCCGUGGAUGACAGCCCAGAGAAGCGCCUGACCUUGUGGGACGUCAGCUCGGGGGAACUCAAGGGGGACAUCACGGUAAAUACAGAGGUGAUAUGUGAUCUACAGUUUAACACAAAAUACCCGGAUGUUCUCGUCAUUUCGGGCAAAGAACACCUGACCUGGUGGAAGAUUUACUCACAUUCGCGGAUGAUUCAACCUUUGGCACAACCUGACUACGAGAAUUUUCUGAAGGCUAAGUACGUGAUAUGUCUGACUCACAAUGACAGAGGAGACCUCCUGACGGGGGACUCUAACGGGACCGUGUAUGUCUGGGGGGACGGAGGAAACAAAAUCACCAACUUCAUCAAACACGCCCACGACGGCCCCGUGUUUACAGUCCUGUGUAUGAAGUCCUACAUUGUGACAGGGGGUAGGGACGGGUUUAUCUACUGCUGGCAGUACAAUAAAAAUAUGGAGAAAGAUGGUGAGCUACAGCUGCCUAAGUCAGAGGGCGGAGUCAGACUCUUGGUUCUCCAUGGUGACGUGAUUAUCAUUGGUACAACAGUUAACUCAAUGCUGUCAAUCACUUCACCAAAGAAACAAGCUCCACUUAAAAAUGUGACUCUUGAUCAAGUUCCCAUGACGCAGGGUCAUUUCAGUGAGGUGCGGGGGCUGGGCGUGGUCUCCCGGAAGGAUACUUUGGGUAGUAUAGUGACCGCAGGGACUGACGGGAUCCUGUGCUGGUUCAAUCCUCACGGCAGGGACCCAGUCUGUAAACUGGCGUUAAAGGGUGUACAGUUUCUUUGUGUUGAUGCGCUUCCAUUAGGAAAACAUUUAGCUUUGGGAACUAGAGAUGGACAUGUGAUCGUCCUCGACAUAGAUGGCGUCUCCAGCACGGAGUCUUUUCAUCAGAAACUCUGUAAAGACAAAAUAACUACAAUUAAGUUCUCACCUGAUGGUACGUUUUUAGCUGCUGGAUCAGCUGACUGCUGUAUCUAUGUCUGUUGUCUUGCCAAUAAGGAGGACGGCUCAAAGAGCUGGGAAUUCACGGGGAAAUUCAAGGAUCACACGGGUCCAGUACAGUCGUUUGAUUGGUCUUCUGAGCCACAGGAUACUGGUUACUUAAUAAAAAGCUGUACUUCAGUACCAGAACAGUUUGUCUGGAACGCUACCGACUUUAGUCAGAAAGACAAGGAUUUGGACACAAGGUCAAUACCAUGGGAGACAGAGACGUGCGCAGUGGACGUCAGUAUGUGUGGACUGUGGAGCUGUAAGCAGGCCAAGAACUACGACGUCCACUGUGUGGCCGUCAACUCACAGAACAGCCUGGUGGCCAUGGGCGACUCCAGCGGGCAUAUCAGUCUCUUCAGAUAUCCAUGCUUCAAACAGGGAGCCUACUGUCAUACUUACAAAGGUCACAGCGGUGUGAGGAACCUGGUGUUCAGUGAGGACGGCCAGUUCCUAUUCUCUGUUGGUGGCCGGGAUUUAGCAAUAUUACAAUGGGAAGUGACAUAGGAAAACUUUCUUACAAUGGGAAGUGACAUAGGAAACCUUAUUACAAUCAGAAGUGACAUAGAAAAUCAUACUUACGAUUGAAAGUGACAGGGAACCUUACUCACAAUUAAAAGUGAGAUAGGAAAUAAGGAGUUAAACAGGGAACCUUUUGUACUAAAGGAAAUGACAGAGGAAACCUCUCUGACUUUCUGAAGUCAACUGGGAACCUUUUUCACUACUAGAAGUAACGAAGAGAACCUUUUUAUUAUAGGAAGUGACAAAGAAAAUCUUUCUUUUUCUAAGAAAUGACAUAGAAAAAUCUU